UGGCUAGGCAGCUAUUUCUCCUGUGUGUGUCCCUGUGGUUCUGUCGUGGACCCGGAGUGGGGGGCACUUUUGCUUGGGAGUCGAGGUGUCCCUUGGACCUGACCUGGGAAGGGGGUGAGGCUGAGCAGGGCUUGAGUCACUGAAUGCGUUUGGAUGUAGAUGUGGCAGACCUCAUUGUCUGCUCCUGGACUUCCUUCCCGAGCCAUGUAGAGCCUUAGCCUUCUGGCUGGAGGUGGAGGGCAGUGGGCUGAAGUUGUCCUAAGUUGUCUGGGGUAGUGGUUCAUCUUGGGUGGGAACGGGGGAGACAGAGGGAAUGUAGCAGAAGCCUGGAUAGGCCUGUGAGACAUUAUUUUUAAUGCCCCCCUUUUGUCGCCCAAGCUUUGGGACUCCCCAGUGCCCUCCCACGGGUUCCCAUUCACAGCUUUCUCCCCACCUCAUUGGCAGGGAUCUUGGCGGCUUCAUGGCCCCCUGGCCAAGGCUCUUUGAGUGCCCAGGCGGUGUCCUGGCCUGGCAGAGAAGGUCUCGAGUUGUUGUGGGCUUGGGAGCUAUUUUUACCGUCCUGGGUGUCCUGCGCUAUCUGGUGCCCCAUAGGCAAAGGCGGGGAGUGGGUGCAUCAGGCUCAGGUUAUAGCACUGGUUGGGGAGCUGCAGGCCAGGCCAGCGUCAUGAGGCUGGCUAGGGAGCUUGCUUUUGUCCUGCAGGUGUGUCACCAGGGCAGGUCACUUGCCCUCCAGGCCUGGGUCCCUUGGGUCUGAAAUAAAGAUCAUGGUAACAAUCAGGUGUUGUGCCCUUAUUCCCUCCCUUUGGUGGGCACAGUAUGAAUACAAGUAAGAUAUUUUCUGGAAAUAGCGCCUUCCUCCUUCCUAAGGAGGACCCGGGGAUACAUCUGUCACCAUUACUGGACUGAAGCACCAUAUGUCAUAUUGUCCUGAGGUUCUUGGUCGGCUGUUAUAGCUGGAGAGUCUGUCUUCCCUCCUCCCCUCCCUGCCGCCAUCCCUCUAGCUGUUUAUACCUUUAUGCUCCAUAGGGAAAGGAGCACUACACUUGGAGCCAGGAGUCCAUGUUGGCUGACCUUGAUGGGUGACCUUGGUGGUCCCUUGAGCCUGCCGAACUUCACUGUCAGCCUGUAAAAUGGGGAACUGAGCCUUGCAGGCCCAUGAGCUCUAAAGGGCUCAAGACUUUCAAAAUACUCUCUUUGCUUAGUUGACUUGGGGUCCCUGGAGGUCCCAGCUCUGCUGCUCUGAGGGCCUGGAGCAGAGGGAAAGCCACAAAAUGGAGCAGGACUGAGAAGCUCUAGUUUUCUUUUCAGUGAAAGCUGAUUUUCCCACCUUUAGUGCCCCAAGUUCAGGCACAACUGCAUUUGGACACUGGGCCCCUCUUUCUUGGCCUCAGCAAAAAAAGCCCACCCUGCCCACCCUCUCUGUAUCCACAGAGGCAGGUUUGUAGGUGACACUGCUGAAGUCACAUGCACAGAGGACAUAGCCACCUGUGAAAAGGUUAAUAGUAGCCUUGAGAAAAAUCUUCCCUUCUGUUUACUCUCUGAAAAUGUAGUGGGGCCAUUCUGAAGUGAAGCAGGAAAAAAGAUGGGUUAUUUUGCAUACCUGAACUCAUCUGCUUCCUGCCCACAGGGACCCAAGGCCACAUGCUUGUCUGAGUUGUAUUAGUGGACAUCUCCCAACAUGCACCUAGACUUCCUGGGAGGCACCUGUCUCCUGCCCUCUUCCCUGUUUCAGGAGCUGUGUCUCCUCUCUGCAGUUCCCCUUCAGAAGCUUGGGGAUUGUACUUCAACUCCUAAUUCUUCAGAGUCCCUGAGGGUGCUCCUUCCCCUUUAGAAAUUUCCAGAGCUCUCUGUAGGCUGUACCAAACAAAGGCUGCCUCACUCCUGGCUCACUUUGGGAUGGGAGGUCAGCCUGGGCAGAGUCCAGGACAGUCACAGACUGCACCCAGGAGGUCCCUGCUGCCUGGACCAGGCCAUCUUAGGAGCUCUGGAGCUUGCUGGAACCAUGUGCUGUGCUUCUCUCUGCCCUCUUCAUCUACAUCUGUCUCUCAUUAACCUCCCCAGGCUGGUUACAACCUGUUGGGGUUACUCCGGCCCAGGUGCUUCUCUGGCCUCCUGGCUGGAAGGCUUCUUUCCUGUCCUAUGUGCUCUCCCACUUCUGGAUGGAGCCUAGCACUCAUCAUACAAGCCCUGAGUGACAGAGGGGUAUAGUAGCCUAACUUUUAGAUGAGUAUACUUUGGGGUGUCCAUUACCCCUCAGAAUUGGGUGCAAAGUGUGUGUGUGCAUGUGCGUUUAAAAAAUAAAUAUUCUACGAUGUCAUUGAAUACCCCAAGAGGUCCUUGGCCUAGGGAAGUUAAUGUUCACUGGCCUGUAGUGUGACCAGGGAGGUCCAUGGUCGAUGCAUGGGGUGGACUUUGACUCAGGCAGUUUAUAAGGACCUCCACUGUGCCUGGCCUGUACUGCAGAAUAUGAGGAACACCCACCUCUCAGAUAUUUUGGCUGAGGUGCCACUCCUUCCCUUCCCUUCCCUUUGGGAAUAACUCGGGGCCCGCCUACUGAUUUUCCACUGGUUACAUUGGAAGAAGAUAUCCUGGUGGCUGACAGGAGUGUAUAAAGCUUUUAGGGCUACUUAAUGGAGUGAAAGAAGCUUUUAUAGGACACCUAGUAUGUGCCAGCUCUGAACUCCAAGGGACUGUCCUGCACAGCCAGGUAGGGUGACACUGAGCUCCAACUGGCUCCAUUCAUACAGACUACACUGUGCAUGGCACCUCUGGGAACCAGGCCUAGGGAGAGAGAGAGGAAUAAAGGCCCUUCCUCAGGGAGCACUUGGCUUAGUGGAGAGGACAGACACAGACUUCAGCAAUAAUUAUGCAGUGGGACCCACAGGAGAGAAAACUGCAAGAGGAAGCAGGAAUAUGGCAGAGUGUGAGUGAGUUUGGAGGGCAGCAGGAAAGAGCCUCCAUGAUGGGAGGCUCCUAGAAGAGUCAAGGCUGAGUCUGAAGGAGGAGGAAGAGGUUUGCCAGGGAAGCUGGUAGCCUUGGGCAGGGUGAGGAAGGGUGUUCAGGAGAGGGGAUGGCAUAUGCCAAGACACAGAGCAGGAAGAGCAUAUAAAUAGCUUUGUAAGAAUAGAGUGGAGGAUGUUUGGGGUAUUGAGGACAGCAAAGUGGAGGCUACAAAAGGUAGAUGAUAAAAGGUCUGGCAUGUCUAGCAAGGGGGUUAGGCUUCACUCUGUGGGCGAUGAGAGAUGUUGGAGAAUGGGAAGCAGAGGACAGAGAGAGAGGAAGAGCAGAGAGUGCUUGUAUAUACCAGGCCCGCUCCAGGUCCAGGUCCUUAGCUCCCAAAUCCUAUCACGCAGCAAACCUGCAAGUAAGCAUCCAGACCUUCACUGACAGGCUCCAAGUGAUUAAGUGGUUGAUGCAAGCUGACUGGGCCAUUAAGGUGGGGAGCAUCUUUCUGAAUGAUGUGUGUGCUAGGUAUGGAGGUAGGUGGGAGGGCACAUUUCACCUCUGUCUCCUCUUCGGAACCACCUUCCUGGUAUCCAGCCCCAUGUGCCGGCUCCCUCAUUUGCCCCAGCCCUAGUCUCUGCCUCCCCAAGGGUUGUCACAGAGUCUGUGGCUAAACACCUAAUACAUCCUGAGCUUGCUAUCUUGGCUGCCUCUUCUUCUCACCUACCUCUGGGUGCACGUGACCUUCGGUUUCCCAACUCUUACUUAAGGAAUGGAGAGUCCCUCUCCCCUGAGACCCCUGUUUGUCUCCAAACUGCCUGUGUUCAGGGUGGGCACGGUGCUUCUUCCUCCUGCCAUUGCAUUGAUUUUUCUUCCAUGUUGGUUGGUCAUUGCUGCUCUGGGUAAUGUAUUUUAAUAAAUUGUUAUUUGCUUGACAUGGACCCAAAGGACUUUUUAUCAUGCAGGGCCCCAGCCUGAAAACCUUAAUAAAUCAUUCGCUAUUCCAAACAGAUCUGCUGGUUGCUUAGAGAGGGGUCUCUCCUCUUGGAGCCCUCGCCAUGAUAGGGGCUUCUUUCUCAGAAAGGCUGGCACCUUUUAUUCUUCAUGGCUGAGCCAUUGGUCCCCAGCCCUGGACUCUCAGUGGAAGUCUCUGGGGACCAGGUCCUGGAUUCUAUGUUUUUAAUAAUUCUGGGGGAAGGUUCUUAACAUCAGAAUUAGAAAACACUACCCUUAGACCCUGUACCCUUGGCAUCCCCCACUAUUUCUUCUGCUCUUUUUCAAUAUAUCAUCAGAUGGAUACGCCUUCCUUGACCAGGAUACAGGAGGUGCUACACACCUCCACAGAGUGUAUUGCUGGGGUGGGGGUGGGGGAUGUCAGGAAGUAGGUCCACAUUCAAGUCAUCUGGGAUGUCCCUCGCAUCCUUCCAAAAGCAUGACUUGCACAUCUGGAUCCCUGCCUCAGUGGAAAAAGGGUCCUGUGUUGCAUGCAACCAAGUUGAGUAUCAAGGGCAGAGUUGGGGGCUCCCAGCAGCUGUUGGGAACAACAGGAAGGCACAUUCAGACAAGGCAAGUGGAGCCUUGAGAAAUGGGCCAGUGAUGGCCUGUGUCACAGGAUGUCCAGGCUGGCCCAGGCUGGGGGUUGGGGGCUCUCUGCCUUGGGUUGCCUGCAACCUGUGUUUCUGCUGUGGUUAAUUCCUCUACUACAAUGUCACCCAUGACCCCCGCCCAGUCAGACCUUCUUUCUAUCCCACACCUCUCCCCCUGAACCACAAAUUCCUUUCCAUCUCAGGUGCCUUUACUUGAACUGGCCCAUCCCAUGGAGGCUGCUGGGACUUGGACAGAUGGCUCUGAUGGCUUAAGAGCCUUAAAGCCAGUCCCUUAUAAGCCCCUCUCCUCACUUUAUUUCUCUCCUUGUCCUCAUUCCAUCUGCCUCUCUCUUUUGCUCUCCUGCCUUGAUAGAUUGAAACCAACAUUGUGUUCCGGCUUCUUGUGGUCCCAGUAAAUAGCUCUUAAUGUGGCCAUGAUGCUAAGGCAGAACGGAGUGAGGAGCGUGUCUGCUGGGGUGGGAGCUGGGGCACUGACCUUGCUCUCUGCAAGAGGAGGAGGGGUACAAGUCACAUUCCCAUGCUGGGUGGUCAGCAGAGCUGUCCUGGGGGCUGGGCAGACCCAAGUGCCCUUGAUCCUGCCCUUGAUACAAGGGGAGGACAACUCAACAAUGGUGUGGAUUGGCCUGGAGCUCAUGGCCCUUGUGGCUGGCACUGAGCAGUCAGGAGCAAAUUGACCCCUUCUUUGAGGACAGCAAGAGACAUUUUCAUUUGCAUUCAGCAAACAAGACUUAAUUAAAUAAUUUACACCUCUUCGAUUUUCUUAGUAAGCCUAGUGGCUUGGAGGUACUGUUUCUGAUGUGGCUGCAAACAGUAGCCCACGUGGAGAUACAUUACAUGGUAGAACAAGUUUAAUAUUGACAGUUUUUGAAAUCGAUGGCAAGUGAGGCCUGGCCAGAAAGGGCAAGGAAGGGCCAGGAUAUUGAGUAUUAGGUAGAAGCAAUGUGAAUUCUUCCUCCUGCCGUGGGGACUACUUUCUAAGCUCUUCUGAUGAAAACUCUUAUGAAUCAGUAGGCAGAUGCUGGAGUGGCCUCAGAUUGGGUUUGUGCCGAGUGGCUCUCAAGGUCUGUGUGUUUAAGUGGGAGUGGGGAAGCCACUAGGCACACAGUCUGUGCUCUGCACAGGAUGGAGAGCAGCACUGGCCCAGGAACAUCCCAAUCAACACACACACACACACACACACACACACACACACACAGAGAGAGAGAGAGAGAGACAGGUCCUGCAGCCUUCCUGGCCCAGAAGGAAGCAAAGCCAGCAUUUCCUUACUGGUCUGAUGUGCCCAUCCUCUAGGGGACUGUACCCGUACUAAGUAACAACCUCCUGUCAUUAGUACUUUCCCCCUCUGGAAACAGCCUGCCGAGUCCUUUUCUUUUUGGUGUAGCAAGUUCUUGGAGAGACAGGAACAAAAGGCAGCCUCUUUCUCCCUGCAGCUUGGACCCCUUUGGUGAUGAUGACAGGGGAGUUGGAGAGGCAGCCAUGCCUGGACACAGGGCAGCUUGGGAAAGAUUUGGCACACAUCUCAGCCCAAGCUCCUUUCCAGUUCAGUCCAGCCCCCAGCCCUGGUAGCCCUGGGCUGUCAUGACAACACUCUGGCCCUGUGUCACUUGGGCUGGCUGCUGGCUGAGAUUCCAAAGCCUCAGAGAAAACUGAGGGCAGAGAUGUGGCUUUACAGAGUUCAGGGAAUGGGCAGAGCAUCCAACCCCUAGGGUGUAUGUGUGUAGAGGGGGACUCAUGGCCUGGGAAGGCAUCUGAAUGCAAACUCUUGGGUGACUUGGCUGGCCUGUGGGGUGUGUGUGUGUGUGUGUGUGUGUGUGUGUGUGUGUGUGUGUGUUGAUUGGGAUGUUCCUGUUUUGUGGUUGUCUGAUCACUUGUUUUUCCAUGGGCUUCUGUAUGAGGGUUUAUUUUUAGAGGCUUUCACUUCUGGCCUGGGGCUGAUCCUUAGGCAUGGUAAGAAUAUUUGUAUUUUUUGAAAUGUUUGUGGCUUUAAAUUUAAAUAUUUAUUUUGGGAUAUUCCUGCCUUUUGUGUGUUUAUUCUUCUGUGUGUGUGUGUGUGUGUGUGUGAGAGAGAGAGAGAGAGAGAGAGAGAGAGAGAUGACAAGAGUAGCAUAAAACAUAGUUUGUGGUCUUUAAAGUAAAUUAGUUUGAUUUAAGGCCUUGCUUUAACGGGUACUGUGUAUUUGCAAAUCAAUCCUUUUGCCUCUCCGAGCCUCUGUUUCUCCAUCUUUAGGCAGAAUCCUACCUGAGUCAUGGACGAGAAAUAACGCACGUGCGAAGUGCCCAGCAAUGUGAUUGGCACAUGGAGCUGCCAAUCACCAGUAGCCCUCUGGCUGCUGCUGGUGCUCGCACGCGCGCAUGCCCACACCCAGGCUUUUCGGCCAUAUUUCUCAGUGCUGUGUGGGCCGCCAGGGAAUGCACGUCUGGGUGUUUCUUAUUUGGCUGAUUUCUGGGUGGUGUGUCUGUGUCUCUGGUUGUCUUGGUGUCUGGUUGUGUGUGUAACUGUGGGUGUCCCGGCUGGAGUUGGUGCAGUCUUUGGGAGGGGGCUUUUCUCCCUGCCAACUGGGGCCCUGGAUUGGAGAGAGGGGAGAGGUGUGUGUGCCUGCGUGUGCGUGGGGGUGGGGGGCUGGAGGCUGGGGCUGCUGACUGUACAGGGUGUGAAAUCACUGAGCUGCUCUGGGCGGGGAAGUCCUGAGUCAGCCCUCUGGCGCGGAGCCACUCAACACUCACUUUUUCCUUUCAGAGAAAGUGUUGCUCUUUGGGGUCUCCAGAGCUGUCUGCAGACAAAGACAGCUCUCCCUGAGGAAGACCUCUGCUUUUGUGUUCUCCGUCCCUGAGAUGCUUCCCCUCUGCCGUGCACCUUGGACCUCCUGCCUCAGUACCCUACAUGGUCCUCGCUUCUGCCCCCUCCUCACGGAGGCAGUUCUGCAUAGGGCACCCCCUUUCACCCUCCCAGACUCCCAGGCAAUCUUGUGGGACAGCUGUCCUCAGGAGGCCUGGCUCUCUAUGCUUACACCUCCAUGUGUGGUCAAGGCAAUGCUUACCUCUCCCGACCUCUGUCUCUAACCCAGAGCAGGAAUUGUAGGAAUGGAAGCAGGGGCAAGCAUUCUGAAAUGGGGUGGAGGAGGGGUUGAUUGUGUUUUGGAUAUCACCCUCCAGUAGUUAAUGGUAUUCAUAAUGACAGUGGUAUGACUCCUAGCUGUUGAUGUCAGUGAGACCACUGGCACUGGUCUCAGCGCAUGACAUGUGACAGCUCAUUUCUAUUUGAAACACUGUGUGCUCCCUGAGUAUUUCAUUUGGUUCAACCUGAUUUUGUUAUCCCCACUUCACAGAUGAGAACACUGAGGCCCAAGGACUAAUUCAUGCCUCUGUGGCCAGGAAACUGGUGAAAUGCUAGUGCUUGCUGGGCUUGGGACAAGGGCAAUUUGCUUGAUCCUCUGCAUUGCUGCCUAUCCCUGAAGCUGGGUGUUGUUGAGGGCUCUGCCCCACAGCCUGGGUGGGGGUCUUUUGUCCUUCCCCUUGCCCUUUUGGGUGGUGAGACAAGGUUUGGGACCUGGAGAAUGGGAAUUGGUAGCUCUUUUCCUGGGAGAAUUCCCACUGAUGCCUGCUCUCUUCCUUGCUCUAUCCUUGCAGAAGUGGUGGGACACACUCAGGGGCCACUGGACGGGAGCCUGUAUGCCAAAGUGAAGAAGAAGGAUUCCUUGAAUGGUAGUACUGGGACAGUCAGUGCCGCACGUCCUGUUCUGUCGGCCACCCCCAACCACGUGGAGCAUACGCUAUCUGUGAGCAGUGACUCGGGCAACUCCACAGCCUCCACCAAGACAGACAAAACUGAUGAACCAGUCCCAGGGGCUGCUGGUGCUCCUGCUGCCCUGAGUCCCCAGGAGAAGCAGGAGCUGGACCGCCUGCUUAGUGGCUUUGGCUUAGAGCGAGAGAAGCAAGGCACCAUGUAUCAUGCACAGCACCUCAGGUCCCGCCCAGCAGGAGGCCCAGCUGUGUCUUCCUUGGGCCGCCACAUUGUCCCAGCUCAGGUUCAUGUCAACGGUGGGGCCUUAGCAUCUGAGCGGGAGACAGACAUCCUGGAUGAUGAGCUGCCCAACCAGGAUGGGCACAGUGGGGGCAGCAUGGGCACACUGUCAUCCCUGGAUGGGGUCACCAACAUUAGUGAAGGGGGCUACCCAGAGACUCUGUCCCCAUUAACCAAUGGUCUGGACAAACCAUAUCCCAUAGAACCUCUGGUCAAUGGUGGGGGCUACACUUAUGAGUCUGCCAGUCGGGCAGCUCCUGCCCAUGCCAGCCACACAGCCCCAGUGCGGCCUUCCUACUCUGCACAGGAGGGUUUAGCUGGCUACCAGCACGAGGGGCCCCACCCGUCCUGGUCACAACCAGUGACCACUUCCCACUAUGGCCAUGACCCCAGUGGCAUGUUCCGCUCUCAGUCCUUUCCGGAUGCUGAGCCCCAGCUGCCCCCUGCUCCAGCCCGUGGGGGUAGCAGCAGGGAGGCUGUGCAGAGGGGCCUGAAUUCGUGGCAGCAGCAGCAGCAGCAGCAGCUUCUGCCACCUCCUCGGCAGCAGGAGAGAGCCCUGCUAGAGAGUCACAGCAGCAGCAGGCCCAGCCCCCAGCUACUGGCAGAUCCCCCCAUCCCUGCUCUCCCUGAGUUCCCAAGGGCAGCCUCCCAGCAGGAGAUCGAGCAGUCUAUUGAAGCCCUCAAUAUGCUGAUGCUGGACCUGGAGCCCACCUCAGCUGCUGCCCCCUUGCACAAGUCCCAGAGUGUCCCUGGGGCCUGGCCAGGGGCUUCCCCACUCUCCUCACAGCCCCUCUCUGGCUCUUCCCGCCAGUCCCAUCCACUGACCCAGUCCAGAUCUGGCUACAUUCCCAGUGGGCGUUCCAUGGGAACCCCUGAGCCAGUUGCUCCUGGCAGGUCUUACUCACCUUAUGAUUAUCAGCCAUGUUCAGCUGGGCCCAACCAGAGUUUCCGUCCAAAGAGCCCAGCCACCUCCUCCUCCUCAUCUGCCUUCCUUCCAGCCACCCAUGGCCCUCCAGGGCCUCAGCAGCCCCCUGCCUCUCUCCCUGGCCUCACUGCUCAGCCUCAGCCACCACCAAAGGAUGUGACUUCAGACCCGUCCCGAACUCCAGAGGAGGAGCCAUUGAACCUGGAAGGGCUGGUGGCCCAUCGGGUUGCAGCCUACAAUGCCAAACUGCAGGGCCUGGCGCAGAGUGGCAGCUUCUGGCCCCCUCCUCUCCACCAGCUCCAAGCUGCCUCCCUCUCUGGACCCCUGGCCAAGAGUCAGAAGCCUGGGUUGUGGUCCUGGCCCUGCCUGUACCUGCACUGUAACCUUGCAGGUGGCCUUCUUCCUGGAUCCCCUCACUUCUGGAGCCCGGGCAUGCAGUUGGACACCCAGCCCUGCCACCUGGAGCUGAGCAAUCCAGUCUUUUGGAAAUCAGAAGACUGGAAAGAAGAGCUGGGACUGAAGCCAGCAGUGCUUCCUGGGAGGCCCAUAUGGGGGGUGCAGGCUCGUGAGAGGCAGCCUGCAGAGCCCCCAGCCCCACUCCGGAGGCGGGCAGCCAGCGAUGGACAGUAUGAGAACCAGUCUCCUGAAGCCACAUCCCCCCGUAGCCCCGGGGUCCGCUCCCCUGUCCAGUGUGUGUCCCCUGAGCUGGCUCUUACCAUCGCCCUCAAUCCUGGAGGGCGCCCUAAAGAGCCCCAUCUACACAGCUACAAGGAGGCCUUCGAGGAGAUGGAGGGAACCUCCCCAAGCAGCCCACCGCCCAGUGGGGUACGCUCCCCUCCAGGUCUGGCCAAGACACCCCUGUCUGCUCUGGGCCUGAAACCCCACAACCCAGCGGACAUCCUGCUACACCCCACAGGUGAGGAAGAUGAGGGGAAGGAGGUGAUUAAACUUCCAGAAGAACCCCGGAGCUAUGUGGAAUCUGUGGCGCGGACAGCGGUGGCUGGGCCCCGAGCUCAGGAUGCUGAGCCCAAGAGUUUUAGUGUCCCAGCUGCCCAGGUCUACAGCCAUGAGACACCCCUGAGGAACGGGACCCUGGGAGGCUCCUUUGUCUCCCCCAGUCCCCUCUCCACCAGCAGUCCCAUCCUCAGUGCUGACAGCACUUCAGUGGGGAGUUUCCCAUCAGGAGAGAGCAGUGACCAGGGCCCACGGACACCCACCCAGCCCUUGUUGGAUUCCGGCUUCCGCUCCGGCAGCCUGGGGCAGCCCAGCCCUGCAGCUCAGAGAAGUUACCAGAGUUCUUCUCCUCUCCCAACUGUGGGCAGCAACUACAGCAGCCCUGACUACUCCCUUCAACAGUUCAACUCUUCUCCAGAAAGCCAGGCCCGGUCUCAGUUCAGUGUGGCUGCUGUGCACACAGUGCCCGGGAGCCCUCAGGCCCGCCACAGGACAGUGGGUACCAACACUCCCCCAAGUCCUGGCUUCGGCCGGAGAGCCAUCAACCCUGGCAUGACUGCCCCUGGCAGUCCCAGUUUGAGCCACCAUCAGGUGAUGGGUUCACCAGGCCCUGGUUUCCAUGGUAACAUGGUUUCUAGCCACCAAAGCAGUACAGCGACCACUCCUGGGAGCCCCAGUCUGGGCCGGCACCCAGCAGGGACCCACCAAGUUCCAGGUGUCCCCAGCAAUAUGGCCACUACUCCAGGGAGCCCCAGUCUGGGCCGGCACCCUGGGGCCCAUCAAGGAAACCUGGCCUCUAGUCUCCAUGGUAACAUAGUAGCCAGCCCUGGUAGCCCAAGCUUGGGCCGCCACCUGGGAGGGUCUGGAUCUGUGGUCCCUGGCAGUCCCAGCUUGGAUCGGCAUGUGGCCUGUGGUGGCUACUCUACCCCUGAGGACCGGAGACCCACACUGUCCCGGCAGAGCAGUGCCUCGGGCUACCAGGCUCCUUCCACGCCCUCUUUCCCUGUCUCCCCUGCCUACUACCCUGGCCUGAGCAGCCCUGCCACCUCGCCCUCGCCGGAUUCAGCCACCUUCCGGCAAGGGAGCCCAACGCCAGCCUUGCCAGAGAAGCGGAGGAUGUCAGUGGGUGACCGGGCAGGCAGCCUCCCGAACUACGCCACCAUCAAUGGGAAGGUGUCCUCCUCACCCGUCGCCAGUGGCAUGUCCAGUCCCAGUGGGGGCAGCACUGUCUCCUUCUCCCACACUUUGCCCGACUUCUCCAAAUACUCCAUGCCAGACAACAGCCCUGAGACACGGGCGAAAGUGAAAUUUGUCCAGGACACUUCCAAGUAUUGGUACAAACCUGAGAUUUCCAGAGAGCAGGCCAUUGCACUCCUUAAGGAUCAGGAGCCAGGAGCCUUCAUCAUCCGUGAUAGCCACUCCUUCCGAGGUGCCUAUGGGCUAGCCAUGAAGGUGUCUUCACCCCCUCCAACUAUCAUGCAGCAGAACAAGAAAGGAGACAUGACCCAUGAGCUGGUGCGGCACUUUCUGAUAGAGACUGGUCCCAGAGGAGUCAAGCUCAAGGGCUGUCCCAAUGAACCAAACUUUGGAUCCCUGUCAGCCCUGGUCUACCAGCACUCCAUCAUCCCUUUGGCUCUGCCCUGCAAGCUGGUCAUUCCAAACCGAGACCCCACAGAUGAAUCGAAAGAUAGCUCAGGCCCUGCCAACUCAACCACCGACCUGCUGAAGCAAGGAGCAGCCUGCAACGUGCUCUUCGUUAACUCCGUGGACAUGGAGUCACUCACUGGGCCUCAGGCCAUCUCCAAAGCCACAUCUGAGACAUUGGCUGCUGACCCCACACCAGCCGCCACUAUUGUUCACUUCAAGGUCUCUGCCCAGGGAAUCACACUGACUGACAACCAGAGAAAGCUUUUCUUCCGACGACACUACCCCCUGAACACUGUCACCUUCUGUGACCUGGAUCCGCAGGAAAGAAAGUGGAUGAAGACAGAGGGAGGCACCCCUGCUAAGCUCUUUGGCUUUGUGGCCCGGAAGCAGGGCAGUACCACGGACAAUGCCUGCCACCUCUUCGCUGAGCUUGACCCCAACCAGCCUGCAUCUGCCAUUGUCAACUUUGUCUCCAAGGUCAUGCUGAGUGCUGGCCAGAAGAGAUGAACCCCAGAACCCUUGUCCAGAGCUGGGGCACUGGGGGUGGGGCAUGUGGGAAGGGAACCAUGAAUCCUGACCACCUUGAAUCCAGAAGGAGGACUUUGGGCCAAUUUUGGAGAAGGAGAGAAGAAAGUGCAACGUGGGGAGAGGGAAGUGAAUUGCGGAGGGGAGGGGGAGAGGGAGAAGGAGAAAGAAAAAGAUGGAGAAGAACUCAGAUUCCCCUGAGUGGAUGGAAACUGCAAAAACCCAAAGCCCCUCCAACUAGCUAGGGUCUGGCUCCCCUCCCCCUCCAAGAGAAUGGAGCUCCUCAAAGGGGACUAACAGGCAAUAGAAAGGCUCUAUCUCCCUAUCCCACCUGCUUUGCAAGGAGAAAUCAAGUUGAGAGUCAUUUUCUGGCCACCUGUAAGGUAGGUUGCUAAACCAAAUAGCCAGCAUGGGACAUCAGUGGUGGAACUUUUUCAAGUUUCUCAGGCUGGAGGCACCCAAGUUCUAUGCUGUGCUCUGAUGUAGUGUUGUUGGGCGUACAUAUAUCCCCAACCACAUCCUCACACACUGAUUUACAUCUGCCUCUCUCUGCUAGAAUUAGAAACACUUCUGCUUGUCUAUGCCCAUGUGUUUGCACACAUGUGCAUACCGUCCAAAGAAGUUGAGGGAUGGGGUGACAGGGUGGCGGGGAGACAGAUCCCGCUCCUAUGGGAGCAUGCAGUCCUAUAGGUAGUAGAGCCCUCUCUUCUGGUCCCCGCACCUGUCCUAGUGGCCCUGGGGGCUGUCUGGCCAUUUUCCUGCACAGAGCCCCUGCAGGAGGGGUGUGGCCACACCUCAGCUUUAGCCCUGUUCUGUCUCCACUGGGAAGGCUGAGCUGGGUUUGAACAAGUACAGAUAAUUAUGUCCGUAGUCUUGGGGAAGGGAUCUGUAGGAAGUGUGGCUGCCAAGCAUGAGUUCCAACAUCUUUCCUGCUGCGUGUUGCUCACAGCAAGCUGGACAGGCAGCUCCCAGGACUCUGCCUUACGCCUUCCUCUCAGCCCCCUUCCUGGGCUGGAAGCCCCAGCACCAGCCUUAGCUCAGACUUGCUUGUCUGCAUGAUGCCUUUUGGGGCUGGGGAACAGGCCUUCCUACUCUGUUCUUCAGGGUCCUCAUUUUAGGGUUCAUCCUGGGGAGCCUGCUUCCCAAAGCCCCACUCAGUAAGAACCCAGGGAGAAGCCUGAGUUCUGUGUCUACUGAAGGUAUUUCGGGGUCUGACUGUUGCAUGUGCCCUUCUGCCUGGGCUGCCCAGGAUGACAUCAGAGAGCCUCUGGGGCUGCUGCCAGAGCACCACAUGGCCUACCCAUAAUGCCAAAGCCUUACUGUUUCCUUUUCUGCCUUGGUUUCCCCAGCAGAGCCAUGUUGCCCACGGAGCAGGGGACAGAAAGCACGCAUUUAGGCCAAAGGGCCUAGGGUCCAUUUGGGCAGUUGAGAAGCCCCUUGGGAGACCACCACCCAAGGACUCUAAGCCAGGUGGAAAAUUCACCCGGACUCUGUUCUUAAGCCUGUUGGGGCCUCCUAAAUAGAGGCAUUGUACUGAUAUAUAAAUAUAUAUAAUAUAUACAUGAGACAUACUGACAGAAUCUGUAAGCUAAUAAAAUAUAAGAAAAGGUUAAAAAAAGGAAUAGGUAAAUUGACAAGAAGUAUUUAUUGUUUUCCCCUAUUGCUUUAUUGCCUCUCUGACCAAAAACCAGCUCCCAACCCCCUUUUUAUAUGUAAAUACAGCCUGAAAUGCACGGGGGUGGGGGGGUGGUCUUUACCCUGGAGUAGCCAGGGCCCUGGCAUUGGCCUUCCCUAUACUAUAUCUGGGGCUUAAUGGGAAGGGGGUGUACAUGUUCCACACUCUUGCCCCCCUUAUUUUCUGGCAAACCAGGGGCCUAGGAGUUAAUUCCCUGGAUAUGUGGGGAGCUGUCCCCUUCCGGUGCCACCGGCCUGAGUGGGUAUGUGAGUGUGAGGAGGACACAGGUAUGUGUGACCAUGUGUAUAUCUCUUGUAUUUUUCCUCCUCCAGGAAAUGUCUGUGUGGACAUUCUGUUUCAGGGAGCUAGAGAGUGUCUGAAUUGGGUGGGGAGCAGGGGCAGUGGCUCCCCCAGCCCCCCACUUCCCAAACGAUGAAACCUUGGGCUUAGUGUUCCAGGUCCUUCCAAAGUGUCCUUCCUUCUGAGAUAUUCAAGCCAAAUACCCGAUUGCCCCUCUCCUCAUUCCCUAGUGAAGACAGGAGAUAUUUCCUGCUCCUUUUUUUUGUAAAUACCCCAUCCAUCCACUACUUCACAGUAUGGGGUCUCCUCCUCCUCAGGAUAUCCUCUCUCAGCUUGAGGCUGGGUACAGCAUCAGACUCUCAGGCAGCUUGACCUGGGCCGGGGUCUGAGUCUGGGAUUUAGCCUCUACACUUGCUUUCCCACCCACCCAGUGCCCACCAGAAGCCCCCUCCCAUGUGUGGCCAGCCACUGCCCUCCAGACCCAGGUCCUGUGGAAGCCACAGGAAGAACCAGGUUAGAUGCUGGAAAGCUGAUCACUUGCUCCCAGCAUGCCUCUGGAGGGAGCUGGCAUCUGAGAAUUGGGGAAGGGGUCCCAGUCUCCACAGUGGUCCCACUUUGGGGACCAACUUGCUGCUCCUCCCCAUCCCAUGUCUUACAGGUGGGUCUGUGCACACAUGCACACACAUGCAUACAUAUGGACACAUACACCACUCCACACUGCAGUCUAUUCUUGCCAAAGAUUUCCUUUAAGAAAAGAAAGCACUUUUACUCAUUGUUAUUAUUUUAUAGAUGUUUAUCCUCCCCUCCCUUGACCUGUUUUGCUGUUGUUGAGUCUGUAUGUCAGGGAGAGUGCUGUCUGCUCUUGAACGUGGGCUGGGGUGGGAUGGGAUCUUGGAGAAAUGUCAAGAAAGAGUGGGAGACACAUGGAUAGCCUGAAAUGCCGUGACAGGAAGCCAAGCAGGCCCAUGCUGCCUGUCCAUCCAACAGGGCUCUGGGGGCAGUCCAGGGGCUUCACCUUAACUGGUAUUUGGAGGCAAGAGGAUAGGGAAGGACAUCUCUGAUUCAGUAAGGAGUGGGGCUCGAUGAGGUCCCUGUGGCUCUUUCCAGGGGGGAAACUGGGUCUGGGAACAAUGGAGAAGUGACCCCAGAGAGAAAAACAGGGAAAAGGAGCUGUUUGCUCAGCCUCCAGAGGUGAUUAAAGUCCCCACCCUGCUGUCUUAGAGUUCUGGCUCCCUUAUCUAGCCAGGUAUUUGAGAGACGUGUUCUAGAUUUGGGAAAGGCCUUUUGACCUGUUGCAUCUGAAGCCUCUCCCAGCAGCUCUGACAGCUGUGGACAUUGACUGCCAGGAUUCUUCCUACUCCUGGCUUUUAAGGAAUCACUAGGUGUAUUGGGACUGGCCAGAAUGGAAUGGGAGAUCCCUCUAUAAAGGGGCUCUCGGGAGAGAGGAGUAGGUAUUUUUCUGCCUCAUUCUGCUGACCUGAGUGAAGAUAGAGCAGGUUUCUCAUGCUGUCCAAUGGGGUACAGAGGGCAACCAAGUAUGAUUUUGUCCCCCAUCUUACCUGCUGGGACUUCUUCCCCUUAUUUGGUUUUUCCCAGCUUCAGGUCUUGAGGAGAUCCAGUGGAUAAGGGAAGCAGCUAUCCCCUUACCCCAAGUUUGGGGUCCUAGAAGAGUUUGGGGAGAUCCCCGCAGCUGCCUCUUUACCCAGGUCCAGGCCCUGGAGUCCUGAGACUCGUGAUUCCUUGGCCAGUGGUAACAUAGGACGUGUGUGUGCGUGUGUGCAAGUGUGGAUAUGUGUGAGCGUAUUUUGUUCAUCUCUUAGGGAACUUAGGGGUGGGGGUUGGAGGUGGUGGCUGGUGGCAUGUCAAGUUCAAUUUGCCAGCAGUAAGAGGAACCAGGAGGCAAGGCCUAUUGGGUAACUGACUAGUGGAGUCUCAGCAGUGGGGAAGAAGACCACACAUGAUCUUUCUUGCCUCCUCUCCUCACACUUCUGAAGGUCUCAGUCUGUUUCCACAUUGGGCUCUUCCCAGUGGUGAGGUUACUGUAGAGUGAUGUCUCAAGUUUGUUUUCUGAUUGGUGUUAACAGUGUGACACUCUCCUGUGGGUUUGUAUGUGUGCAUGAGGGCACCUCAGGGUGUGCAUGCUGUUUCCUCAUUCUCUCUCCUCCCUUCUGACUUGUCAUUCACAACAAAUGUAAGAAAUUCUUUACCAUCACUGUCACCUCUGGCUACCCUCCCCCUCAAGGCCCUCUGCGGGGAAAUACAGUCCCCAGCAUCCUGGCUGUGUAUUUAUAUAGAUGGAAGUGUACUUUAUAUUUUGUAUCUUUGUGCCUGUAACCUCUGCCACCUUGUAUAAACCCUGAUAUAUGCUACUCAUCCUGGAUAUGAGUGUAUGUACACUGACACUGUCCCACUCCUGUACAGCUGCUUGUUCUCUUGCAAUCCAUUGUAUGGCCUUAAAAAGAUAAAGUUAAAGACAAAUC